GGUUCCAAAUGACAGCAAAAUUCAAGCACAGUUAUCAAUUAUAGUACAGAUACAACCUCCGGGAAAACGAUCAAACAGCUGCCAAGAUCCUUCAAUGACCAAUCACAGCCAAGAAAAUGGCAAUCAUAAAGAAUCUCAAGUCGCGGUGGUGAUGGUGCCGCUGCCGGCGCAGGGCCACCUCAACCAGCUUCUCCACCUCUCCCGCCUCGUAUCCGCCUCCAGCAUCCCCGUCUACUACGUCGGCUCCGCCACCCACAUCCGCCAGGCCAAGCUCCGGGUCCACGGCUGGAACCCUUCCACAAUAGCUAACGUCCAUUUCCAAGAAUUCCCACCAACUCCUUUCCACAACCCUCCACCUGAUCCCAAUCAAUCCAAGAAAUUCCCCUCGCAGCUCCUUCCAUCUCUUUCUGCGUCCAUACAUCUCCGUAACCCUGUUUACAAAUUUGUAGCCCAACUUUCGAGCAGUUUCAGGCGGGUUGUUGUUAUAUACGACUCUUUGAUGUCCUACGUUGUCCAGGAUAUUGAUUCUUUACAAAAUGCUGAGUCGUAUUGUUUUCGCUGUAUACCAGCUUUCACUCUGUAUUCUUUCCACUGGGAAGCCGCCGGGAGGCCUGAUGAUGUACCAGCUGAAGCGGCGGCGGUUCUGAAAGAAAUUCCGGAUCUGGAUGACUGCUUUUCUCCAGAGUUUGACGAGUUCUCCAGGUUGCAGCGUGUUUCCGGGAAAAUUUUCUCCGGAGACAUUUACAAUUCCAGCAGAGCGAUGGAAGGUUUCUACCUGGAUUUAGUUGCAGAAAGGAAGAUAACUGGAACAGAGAAGCUCUGGGCUGUCGGGCCCUUCAAUCCAGUGGUAUUCCCUGAGAAGAAGAGUUCAAGAAGCCGUCAUGAAUGCCUGGAUUGGCUCGACAGACAAAGCCCUAACUCAGUGAUUUUUGUCUCAUUUGGCACAACAUCUUUGUUAUCGAAUGAACAAGUUCAAGAACUGGCGUUUGGGCUGGAAAGAAGCCAGCACAAGUUCGUAUGGGUGGUGAGAGACGCAGACAAAGGAGAUAUUUUCACAGGAGAAGUCAGGAAAUCAGAACUGCCAGAAGGGUUGGAAGAGAGAGUGAAAGAAAGAGGCAUCAUUGUGCGGGACUGGGCGCCGCAGCUGGAGAUCCUCGGCCAUCCCUCUACUGCUGGUUUUAUGAGUCACUGCGGGUGGAAUUCAUGCAUCGAGAGCAUCAGCAUGGGAGUGCCGAUGGCAACAUGGCCGAUGCACUCGGACCAGCCGAUAAACGCAGUCUUCGUGACUAAAGUAUUGAGGAUUGGCCUGGAAGUUAAGGACUGGGCUCGUCGGGACGAGGUGGUGUCGUCGAGCACAGUAGAGUGUGCAGUAAGAAGAUUGAUGGCAUCGGAAGAAGGAGAUGAAAUGAGGAAAAGGGCGCAAGAACUGGGAGCUGCGGUCAGGAAUUCUGUGAUGGAAGGUGGCAGUAGCAGCAAAGAGAUGGAUUCCUUCAUCACCCACAUCACUAGAUAAUUUUUCUCAUUUAUUAGCAUAUACAAUGGAAUAAAAGUUGCAAUACGAAUUGGAAUAAGAAAUUCACUCCUUCUUUCGACAAUUUGAUUGAAUUUUUUGUUUCGCGUCGUA